AUGGCGGAGAGAAGCAGAGACGGCCAGCCGACUUUGCUCCACGGGAAAUACGAGCUCGGCCGGAUGCUCGGCCACGGCACCUUCGCGAAGGUGUACCAUGCCCGGAACCUCCAGUCCGGCAAGAGCGUGGCGAUGAAGGUCGUCGGAAAAGAGAAGGUGAUCCGAGUCGGGAUGAUGGACCAGAUCAAGCGCGAGAUCUCGGUCAUGAAGAUGGUGAAACACCCAAACAUCGUCGAGCUCCACGAGGUGAUGGCGAGCAAGUCCAAGAUCUACAUCGCCAUGGAGCUCGUCCGCGGCGGCGAGCUCUUCUCCAAGAUCGCGAGGGGACGGCUGAGAGAAGACGCCGCGAGAGUCUACUUCCAGCAGCUGAUCUCCGCCAUCGAUUUCUGCCACAGCCGCGGCGUCUACCACCGAGAUCUGAAGCCGGAGAAUCUCCUGCUCGACGAGGAAGGUAAUUUGAAGGUCACCGAUUUCGGGCUCAGCGCCUUCUCCGAGCACUUGAAGCAGGACGGCCUCCUCCACACCACCUGCGGCACGCCGGCGUACGUCGCGCCGGAGGUCAUCGGGAAGAAGGGCUACGACGGUGCGAAAGCCGAUUUAUGGUCCUGCGGCGUGAUUCUAUACGUCCUCCUCGCCGGAUUCCUCCCUUUCCAGGACGACAAUCUGGUAGCUAUGUACAGAAAAAUCUACAGAGGAGACUUCAAGUGCCCGCCGUGGUUCUCCUCCGAAUCCCGCCGCCUGAUCACCAAGCUCCUCGACCCCAAUCCGGCCAGCCGAAUCGCCAUCUCCAAAGUCAUGGAGUCGACAUGGUUCAGAAAAUCCAUCCCCAAAACCAUCCGCACCAAGGAAGAAAUCGAAUUCGACGCAUUCGACUGCGUAGAUGAAUCCAAAUCCGCAGCAGAGAAGUCGAAGCAGCUGCCGGAGACGCUGAACGCGUUCCACAUAAUCUCGCUAUCGGAAGGAUUCGACCUCUCGCCGCUGUUCGAGCAGAAGAAGAGGAUGGAGAAGGAAGAGUUGAGAUUCGCGACGACCCGGCCGGCGAGCAGCGUGAUAUCGAGGCUGGAGGAGGUCGGGAAGGCCGGGAAGUUCAGCGUGAAGAAGAGCGAGACGAAGGUGAAGCUGCAAGGACGAGAGAGCGGGAGAAAGGGGAAGCUCGGGAUUCAGGCCGAGAUUUUCGCCGUGACUCCAUCGUUUCUGGUGGUGGAAGUGAAGAAGGAUAACGGAGAUACUCUGGAGUACAACCAGUUCUGCUCCAAAGAGCUCAGGCCGGCGCUGAAGGACAUCGUCUGGACUUCCGCCGCCGCCAUCGACCACGCCACAGUUGCUUAA